GAGCUUCUGUGGACACAAACUAACAAUAUUUAUGCUGAAUUGGACCUCUGCCCUGAGAACAUCUUUCCCAAACAUUGAGAUAGUUCUCCACUGUGAGUCUUCUGUGAACCUGCCCUUAUCUGUUCUGCUGGAAAAGUACUGUGAGGCUUUGUCAGCCCGCACCAAUGUCACAGGUCCCUACUGCAAUGCCACCACGGAUCAGAUCGGGACCUGCUGGCCCAGAACCUCCGCGGGGGAACUGGUGGAGAGACCCUGCCCGGAAUUCUUCAAUGGGAUCAAAUACAACACCACGAGAAAUGCCUACAGAGAAUGCCUGGGCAAUGGGACAUGGGCUUCCAAGAUAAACUACUCUCAGUGUGAGCCUAUUCUGGAUGACAAGAGGAAGUAUGCGCUCCAUUACAAGAUUGCUCUCAUCAUAAACUACCUGGGGCACUGUAUUUCAGUAGGGGCCCUUAUAGUUGCCUUUAUGCUUUUCUUGUGCUUGAGGAGUAUCCGAUGCCUGAGGAAUAUUAUCCACUGGAAUUUGAUCACCACAUUCAUCCUGAGGAACGUGAUGUGGUUUCUGCUCCAAAUGAUAGAUCACAACAUCCAUGAAAGCAAUGAACCCUGGUGUCGAUGUAUUACCACUGUCUACAAUUAUUUUGUGGUGACCAACUUCUUCUGGAUGUUUGUGGAAGGCUGCUACUUGCACACUGCUAUAGUGAUGACUUACUCCACGGAUAAGUUGAGGAAAUGGGUCUUUCUCUUCAUUGGAUGGUGUAUUCCUUGUCCAAUCAUCAUUGCCUGGGCCAUUGGCAAGCUAUAUUAUGAAAAUGAACAAUGCUGGUUUGGAAAAGAGCCAGGGAAAUAUAUUGACUACAUAUAUCAAGGGCCAGUGAUUCUUGUCCUUCUGAUAAAUUUUGUAUUUCUAUUUAACAUAGUUAGGAUUUUAAUGACAAAGCUGAGAGCUUCAACCACUUCAGAGACAAUACAAUACAGGAAGGCAGUCAAAGCCACCUUAGUCCUCCUGCCUCUGCUGGGCAUCACCUACAUGCUUUUCUUUGUCAACCCUGGCGAAGAUGACAUUUCCCAGAUCGUUUUCAUCUAUUUCAAUUCCUUCCUGCAGUCUUUUCAGGGUUUCUUUGUGUCAGUAUUUUACUGCUUCCUGAAUGGUGAGGUCCGUUCUGCUGCCAGGAAGAGGUGGCACCGCUGGCAGGACCAUCACUCCCUCCGAGUGCGUGUGGCACGGGCCAUGUCCAUCCCCACCUCUCCCACACGGAUCAGCUUCCACAGCAUCAAACAGACCGCGGCCGUGUGACCCGCCCCGCACAGACCCGCACCACCCGGUGGCCUUCGGAGAUCUUCACUCUUCCCAAGCCCCUUUCUGCAAACUUUCUUCCUCUGUCCUCGCUGAUCUCCUUUCAGUGAGGUGCCCGGCAUAUUCCUGUGGACUCUCAUCUCCCGUAUCCGUGAUGCUGCUUUUAAGGCAACCAGGCAAAAGCCUCUUGGAGUCGGUGGUGGUAAAACAGAUUCAAAGAAGAAACAGGUUCAACCCUGACUGCACUUUGUGGAAGUUCACAAUGCAAAGUCUGAAACAGCACACUGGCAGGAACAAUCAAUUUUUUUCUCCUUUUUU